CGAAGUCGCCCUUCUUCCUUGUACGAUUUGAACAGGUCGACCAACGAAGACUCGAGGCUAGCUGCGCAGCUGACGAUCGCGACGUUUAACCCUGUACGAUAGCAAACAAUUGACUUGAAUCCAACUACAUUUGAAUCUCCUGCGCUCUCUUUCAAGCGUUUUGUCAAAGACGCCGUAAAGGCUUCCAAGGCAGCCUUCGUGCUGAGGUUUAAUUGGAAGAUGUCCUUGAGGAUUCCCUUCACCACAAGCGGAGUCAGAAUAGCGUUUUCCUAAAUAAUCUCAACAAACCUACUUCAGCUAUUACCUCUACUCUCAGGAUCCGUCUCGUUGGACUAUUGGUGAACUGAUCGUGCCAUGUGUAAUCCUCAGCGAAGUCAUCAGAACCACCCAGCCCAUCAUCAAUUAAAAUGCACUGAAUCCUCGCCGGCUCAAAACACAUCUUACACAAUUCCACAUAGUUGAACGACGCUCUGGCCAAUUUCAAGUCAUCCCAAGAAGCUCGUUCAUCCAAAUUAUAUAGGCGCCUGAUUUGAGCGGUCGCGCGUUUACAUGCAACCGUAUGGAUGGCAUCCUGAAUUAAGGCAUCGCCUUGAGCCUCAGAUACCAGUCCCUCGAACGGAAAUCUGUCUCGGUGCUCUUCACGCAAAAUUGGGUGAGCGUGGCUGUCAAUAGCGGGGUAUGAGAAGGCAGCUUCGUAGAGCUUGGGAUAGUGGCACUCGAGAUCUUGUCGCAUCUUGGAAGCGCCCAUAUCACUGUUGUCGGCUGGAGCGGAGCCCGAUGAUAACCGAUUCGUCCAACUUUAUCUUAUCAGAUCAUUUCCCAACAUUCCUUUCUUUCCUCCUACUUCAACAUGCCGAUAGAUUUGAAAAUUCUCGACGAAGCCAUUCGAGUGGCACUUCCCGUCUCGCAUCUCGAUAUAGAGGAUCAAUCGAACGGCUGUGGCGAUUCCUAUGCCAUUGUCAUUGUCAGCGAGGCGUUUAACGGAAAAUCUACGCUUGCGCGUCAUCGUAUGGUGAAUGACCUGCUGAAGGAUCAGAUUGCGCAGAUGCAUGCGUUUUCCCAGGUGAUUGUUCAACCGAAUACGUGCGGUCCCAUGUGAGAUGAACUCGUUACCACAGAAAACGUACACCCCUAAGCAGUAUGAGGAGUUGAAGGUCAAAGAUCCUUCAAAUGUGUAGUAGCUUUGCGCUUGUUUGGUCUUCUCUCUCAAUUAUUCUUGCACAUUACGACUCUCGCUCAGAGUCCCUCCC